AUGGUUAUCACUAAGAAAGAGAGCGAAUAUGUCGUCGCGGAUCCUAACUUCAAGCCUCUACCCAAAUUGGGCCAUUUCAGUGAACUAGAUCCAGAGUACGCAAAGCUCAGGCCCGUGAUGAACACCAUGAUGGAAGGUUUGUGGCAACCUGAGACGUCUUUAGAAGACUUUCGCAAAGCCUGGCUCAAUGAUACGCCGGCGCCUGAUGGUUGCCCUGUAGAGGGCAAGGAUGUCCUCACUGAGACGCGGAUGAUUCCUACACGGGAUGAUACGGAGAUUGAGGUCAAGUUGUACAUGGCCAAAAUAAAGAGUCCUGACUCUGCAAUGGUUAUACGCUACCAUGGCGGUGGAUGGGUUGUUGGUGGGCAUUGCACUGAACAUCCUGAAAAUCUUAUGAUUGCUGCUUGGACGAAUUCAGUGGUGGUCAGUGUCGACUACAGACAGGCGCCUGAACAUAGGUUUCCGUAUGCACUCAACGACUGCUUCGAUACAUUAAUAUGGUGCCGCAAUAAUGCUGCUUCCAUCGGUGCCAAUGCAUCUAAGAUUAUCCUCAACGGAAGCAGUGCUGGUGGGAACCUAGCUAGUGUUGUCGCUCUCAUGGCCCGAGACGAAGGUUUCAACGGUAUCGUAGCCCAGAUCCUCUCAUUCCCGAUAACUUGCCAUCCCAAGUUCUUUCCAAAGGAAGCGUACGAGAUGGGUAGCUACCAGCAAAACUGCAAUGACAGCGUUGUGACCGCUGCCCGUAUGGAAUGGUUUUGGGACUUGUACGUGCCAGAGCCAAAAGACAACUGGCGCUACUCACCGUUGCUUGCGCAGUCCCUGAAGGAUCUUCCACCAACGUCCAAUGCUUCUACAGUAAUUGUGGCUGCGGGAUGCGACAUUCACCGGGACGAGGCAAUUGCUUACGCAGAGAGGUUACAGCAAGAGGGUGUUGAUACGGACUUGAAGAUUACUAUAGAAGGAUCGUAG